UUAGGUUGGUCUCGCUUUUUACUGUUGUAUCCUAAAUUAAAUCGUAAUCCAUGUCAUAAGAUGAGCGAAAAUGUACAAGGAACAUUUGUAUCGGAGAAAAUUUCCAAGAUCCGUUGGAAACAUGAGGAUUUCGAGGAGGCAAACAACUUUUUGACCGGUAGUUGGGAUGAUCCGGUGAAUAAACUAACGCAUUGGACGUUUCAAGUGAACGAUGAUGGCGAAUCUUAUCCAGCAGUGGUUUCGUCCCAUGCGAUCCUUGGAGAUGUAACCGAAAUAAAGUUUAUAUCGAGAGACUUCUUUGUGGCGUCAUCAUCCAUAGGCACUGUAAAAUUAUUACAAAUCCAUGAAAAUCCAUAUUCUCAAUUUAAAGAACACAUGUCCUGGGAAUUCAUACAUAAAUUUAAAAAAUCGUCUAAUUACGCAUCUUGUACAGCACUUUCUACCUUUGAGCAAGAUAUAGUUUCUGUAGGAGAAGAUGGGAAAAUUAAUCUCUUAACUGCUGGGCAAAAGGAUGCGGUUAGAAUCAUAGACGAGGCUGAUAGUUGUUCUAUAUACUGCGUUGAUUUCUUAAGGCAUAAUGAGAUACUUACAGGAAACUUAAGAGGACACAUGAAAGUCUGGGAUUUAAGAAGCGACCAAGAUCUACCUGCCACAACCUUUAUGCUUUCGGAUCAGACAAAAACUGAAGCUACAAGCAUUGCGCAUCAUCCAACACAGAGGCAUAUUGUUGUUGCCGGUGGAGGUGAUGGUAGUUUAACAGUAUGGGAUUUGAGGCACAAUACAUAUCCCAUGUCUCAACUGAAUGCUCACGCUAAAGCCGUUAGCGAAAUACUUUUUCAUCCUGAUAGACCCGAAAAUCUAUUCACGUGUUCAACAAGUGGCGAAUUGUGGCACUGGAAUAACGCUCAACAUUCAAAGUUGAAUUUGGAUACUACAAACACGCAUUGGUUAAACACAAUAGGAACAAAUGGAAAAGUUAAUGUAAUGUCGCUCUGUAGUGCUAUGCACAAACCAAUAAACAGUAUUGACAUUAACAGAUCGACCUUGCUUUUUGGAUGCGAUAACGAAGCAAUGUACAUUAUCAGGAAUAUAACCCUUUAAUGGCUACUUUG